UUCUCAAUAAGCUGUGAAAUAGAUCACAUCGAUCUUUCGUGUCGUGUUCAUUUCUACUCUAUACAAAUAGCAAAAGAACAAAUUAAAUUAAUUAGCCUGGAUUUUAUGUCGAAAAUUUAUCAUCAUCGAGAAAAAAACGUUGUGAACUUCAGUCAACAUGAUAUCGAUUCAUAAACAUAAGGCGACAACGUUAAACAAACAACGAAUAACUAUAGCACAUCUAAAUAGUGAUUGUUUGGGUAAAGUUUUUUCGUAUUUGAGUCCGGCCGAUUUAGCCAACGUUGCCGAGGCCAACGUUCAACUGGCUAUCGGUGCUAGAACUUUUUUCGCACAUAAAUACAAACUCAAGGAAUUUAAAUAUAAUGUUUAUGACACAUUCCUUAUGAGCUUGAACAUUUUUCUACUAACAUUGAAACAUUUUGGAGAAUGUAUUGUAAAAUUACGUGUCGAAUUUGGACUUGAAAAUCCGAACAAUUGUAUUAUUUUCAAUUCAAUUGUAAACAACUGCCGAGCAACACUAACCGAGCUAUCACUUUUCAACGUAGAGAAGGACAUUAAACUGAAUAAACCGUUCCCGAAUUUGAAAAAAUUACAAAUCCGUAAUAGUUUAUAUGGCAUCCAUAGUUCCAUAACGCUCAUCAAUCAUUGGUUUCCGAAUUUAACUUGUUUAAAAGUAUAUGACGUUCCAAAGUUCUGGGAAACUGGUUUAAUAGUCAAUCAUUUUCCAAAAUUACAAUCGUUUGGAUAUCUCACAUUUCCAAAACAAAAUUUUGUAGAAAGUAGCUUGAUGAAUUUAGCACGAUUUCUUAAGUUAAAUUAUCAACUGAAAUGCUUGGAAUUGGAUGAGUUAGAGGGACUGAGCAUAAAUACUAUGAAUAUGGCUCUUAAUGACAGUGUAACACGUGCUCUUUCUAAUAUUGAACGAUUAGAGAUAGAAGCAUCAACCUAUCCAUUUCUAAAUGGAUUGAUCAAAUGUUGCCAAUUGAAAGAGAUAAGUAUUUCGACUUACAAGGGUGAUAAAUUCGAUAUUUUCAAUAAAUUACCACGAUCGCUUGAAGUAGCGCUUGAAUGUUUCGAAUUACGUAUGUAUACAAUUAGUAAGUCGGCUAUUGAGUUCAUAUUAAGAUGUCAACAGUUGAAGAAAUUAAUGGUCAUCACAAGUACAUUAGAUCCAUUAGUUUUAGAAAUGUUUGCAAAACAAUUGCCAUUGAUUCACGUACAUGUUCGGUGUAAUAGCAGCUUUUUAACAAAAAAUAAUUUAGAAACGCUCGGUGGUAUUGAUCAAUUUUUCUUGCACAGUAAUCAAUUGAAAACAAUUAUAACAGAAUAUGAAUUGGAAAACUUUGACCAAAAUAAUUCCAUUAAUUGGAAAUAUAAUGGUAAUGCAUUGUUACAAUAA